UAAUUUUGUCACGUGACGUGACUUCCGCUGACGGUUUAGUAGCAAGAUGGCGGCGGGCGGUAGCGGCGGCGAUGAUGCGUUUCAGACCUUCUACACAGAGGUGAAGCAGAUCGAGAAGAGAGACUCGGUUUUAACCUCCAAACAGCAGAUCGACAGGUUACUGCGACCAGGAGCCUCAUACUUCAAUCUCAACCCGUUUGAGGUUCUUCAGAUCGAUCCUGAAGCCACAGACGAGGAGCUGAAGAAGCGUUUCAGACAGCUGUCCAUCCUCGUCCAUCCAGACAAGAACCAGGACGAUGUGGAUCGAGCCCAGCAGGCCUUCGAAGCAGUCGAUAAGGCCUAUAAGAUGCUGCUGGAGCCGGAGCAUAAGAAGAAGGCGCUGGAUGUGAUCCACGCGGGGAAGGAAUACGUGGAGCACAUGAUGAGCCAGCAGAAGAAGCAGCUCAAGAAGGACGGGAAGCCCACAGAGGUGGAGGAAGACGACCCGGAAGUGGUACGUUCACGCCUCGACACGUUUGUGUCACGUGACACUGAGAUGCUUCUGCGUGAUGAAUGUUUGACAUGAAGGUCAGGAUUUCAUACAGACACUAAACGCAAAAACUGUUUACGUGCACUGGGCAACUCUGUGAUUUUGGUCUGUUUUGCUUCCAUAUCAUGUCUACGAAAGAGGAUAAGGGC